AUGUUCAACGGUGAGUUCUGGUUAGAGGCAAAUGCUAUCGCGGUGUGCUUGCGCAAGAAGGAGAGCCUCACGACGGAGAUGUGCGCGACCAUUCCGAAGAUGACAACGCGCUUGUUGGCGCUCGGCAACAACUGCAAAUGGCAGAUGUAUCACCCCUUCUUCUACGAGUGCAACAAGGCAAUCACGAAACUGCAGGGCCAGCAGCUGCUGCUGCUGUAUCAGCAGAACGAGUACAUCGAUGCACUACUUGAGGCGCUGUCUCUGCAGACGGAUUCCAAGAAGGAGAGCAUCCUGAAUGUAGUGGGUGUGACUGGUGAGCGAUCCGGCGUUUGGUCUGUGUCGUACGACGAUGUGUCAUGGCUCCUCAAUGACCAAGGCACGUUUGUUCGCGAGCAGCUCGAUAAAUUUUCUGAAGGCGUCGUGCUCGAUACCAACCAGCACAUUGGCCGCUUUAUUGUCGACAUGAUGGGCGGCAUCAUGCAGAUCAAGACGCUGCGUGACAGCGAAAACUCAUCAAUCAUGAUGAAAGUGCCCAUUAUCCUGCCGCACCAGCUUAGAAAGCUGCGCAGACGCUGUUAA